AUGGCCGAUGCUAGGCCGUUGUGUGAUGAAUCCAAAGAAGGAAGCUCAAUCGACAACCCUAUUAUUAUCGACGACGACGAAUGGUCUUCCCAGCAGUGCAUAUCAAAGCAAGAUGAUUCUGAUGGGGACACUGAGCCAUUGACUACGCGAGAAUUCGAGGCGUAUUUCGGUGACAGACGGUUCCACCUUCCACAGGGCAACUCUGAAUGCCCAGUGACGGAAUCGACUUCUGUGCUGGCUCCGAACAAACUUACACAUGAUCAAGGCUUUGAUUUCCCUGAGUCUGACCUGACUACUUGCACUUAUGUAAAAGAGGAAAGGCCUGAAUCCGCUAAAACUGCCGCAGGUGAUGAAAGAGCCUCACAAGGCAGAAAUGGAAGCUGUUGUCGGACAGCAGAGGAUCCGACAUCUUGUAGUAAAUUCUACUUUUUGAGAUCCAAGACGGGUGAUAAAUUGGAAAUAUCUAUCAAACCUCGCCAGCCCAACAAUGACCAUCCGCCCUGUCAACAAGGGCCCGGUAAACGGAAAAGAGGACACGAAGAUCAGGACGAUUCAGGAUAUCUGCGAUCAAAGCGCCUGGUAAAUAGGGAACAACCAUGA